CACGGCCUCAAUUCAUUGUUCCUCAUUUUCCUUUCCACACCCACACCAUGGCGAAUGGCUCAGGCAAGGAGAAUAUCGCGGAUGGUCUGGUCGCCGCACCAACCUCAUCCGCCCCGUCUCGCAACAGAAGUUCAUCCCUAUCCCCAAAGAAAUCCGCCCGGCGCACGCGAAGCAAGAGCAUCGGCCCUGGCGGUCUGAACGCGCUGGAAGAGCCCGCGUUGAAGGAGAGCAAAGGAAAUCGCAGGAAGUCUGCAUUCAUCCCCGCCGUCAAGUCCAUCCUUGCUUCGAACGAUGAAGAUGAGAAAAAGCGACGCGAAGCUCGACGCAAAUCCCUAGCUAAACGACGCGUGUCUUUCGCCCCCGAGGCUACAUUACAUACAUGGGACGUGGUCGAGUACCUGCGCGACGCAACUACUUCAUCUGCAUCGUCUGACGCAACACGGCGAGCGUCCGAAGUCUCUCAGGCUUCCACAGGCGCCUCGCCUGGGCCUAGUUUCGAUGUCGAAGAGCCGCCUUCUACACCUCCGGAGCAAGUCGAGGAGCGAGAACCAGAAGUUGAAUCAUCGCCCGCAAACCAACGGGACCUGCACCAGAAGAAGAAUCGUCGUCGGAGCUCUGGAAUACCUCCCAUGAACUUCAACAACCCGGGCGACAUCCUUUCGUCCAGUCCAGCAAGCGGGGACAAUGACUCGAGCGGUGGGGACGAUAUCGUGAGCGACUCGGAAGACAACGAGGAAUCAGGAGCGAAGAAUAAUGCAUCUCCAUCGGAGGAUUCAACUGCAAGCAGCGGGCGGCUGGAUGCUGCUUUACGCCAAGCUACUGCGCAUGCGGAAACUCAAAGACUAGACUUCGACGACGAUGGGGACAAGACCAUGGAGCUAGCAGACGAGAUAACAGCGACAUUUACGCCUUGGAUAAGGAAACCUGCCGCAACACCACUCCAGGAUCAGGAUGGCAUGGACCCGUUCUAUCCAGCACUUCCUGCGACGACACCAAGUGACGAAGAAGGCGAUGAAGAGGAAAUGAGCAUGGACAUCACCCGCGCGAUGGGCAGAAUCGUACCUCCAGCUAGCAGCCAAGACGAUGUAGAGGACAUCAGCAUGGACUUGACAAUGCCCUUGGGUGCUAUUCAGCAAAGCAGUACCCAAGAAAACGCGGGCCGGCGAAAGAGUUUGAAGAGACGCGUCUCGAUGCUUGAGGGUUCACAAGGCAGUCCAGCCAAACGGCCAACAGGUCGUCGCACCAGCCUUCGCAACCGAACUCAGCCUGAAGAAGCUUCGUCACCCGGAGAUAUGACUAUGGAAUUUACUACAGCCAUUGGUGGCAUUACUAGCAAGGCGCCCGGGCCAAAGCAAGCAGCUUCGCGACGGAACAGCGUGGAAACAUCAUUCGGGGACGCAACGAUGGACUUCACGGUAGCCAUGGGUAGCAUCAAAGAUGCACCUGCACCCCCCCAUACACAGCCUGAAAGCAGUGAUCAAGACGACGACGAUGAGGAUAUGUCCAUGGAGUUCACAACCGUCGUGGGCGGCAUCCAGCUAUUAAAUAAGCAGAUUAGCACUCCAGAAAAGCACACGACUGGGGUGAGCAUCUCUACGCCGUCCAAAAUCGAGUCCCCAACUCCCGUCAGAUCUGUAUCAAAAUCUCCAGCAAAACGUAAACUGUCCGAUCUGAAACCAACAAAGCCUUUGCCUUCCCCAAAGCAAGCAUCUGUUACGCCGCAGAAAUCACCAGACGCUCGCCGAAAAGGCGCGACUCUUUUGACCCCUGACACCAUCCCAGCGCAAGUAAUCGAGGACUUCGAGCCUUCUCCCUUCGUGCGAACCACACCGCAGAUAUCUUCAACUCAUGAUGACCGUGUCUCAACGCCAGUGGAUGGGUCUUCGGCAGGCUUCGUAGAAGCGAUACCGGGCGACCCCAUUGCAGCCCCGAUCCUCAAUCGACGUCGAUCCUCUUUAUCAUCUGUCCAUUAUAGUCCCCUUGCAACUGCCCCACAAGUUCCGGUCCUGAAGGCCGCAACAUCACUAGCUGACAAUAUCAAGCUAUUGUCUACCCCCAGGAAACAAGCGUUAUCGUCGCCAGUCAAACGGGGUGCGCCAUCUCCCUUCAAAUCGCGUUCUCCUCAAAAGGCUUUGACUCCAAAACAGAAAGCGUCUACCCCCAAGAAAGCAACCCCACGCAGGAGUGUUAGCCCACAAAAGCGAGUAGCAUUUGGUGCAGAGCCCGAGCAGGAGGACAAAGGUAAUCUCGAAGAUGAACAUGAUGGCCAGCCCGAUGAGGAAGUGGAGCGAAUCUCCCUGCAGGAAUUCCUCGACAUGACCAAGAUUCGUUUUAUGGAUCUGAGCACGACGAAACGCAGGCACACCGCCGCGCCUGCUGCAUUCCGCGAUACGGAAGUAGAAGAGAAGGAGGAAUCGUUGGAUCGCUACGUUGUUGCGGCGGCUUGUACCCUUCCAGAGUUCGAACUCUACCAACACGCAUGUCACGAAAUGAAGAAGUAUAUCUCCGAUGGACGCCACUUUGUAAGGACCAUGGAAGCCAAUGUCAUGGAAGAUAAUCCGUUGUUAUUCAGCGAAUAUCUCACUGCUCCACCGGAUCAGCGCGCUGUCAUGGAUAACCAAUUCAAGAAUCUUAAGACUAAUGCCAGGCUGGAAGCACGUGGCGAAUGGUACAGUUGGCGAAGCACCCUGCUUCACGAUCUCAAAAACGGUCUACUAGGCACCAUGAGCGGCCUCAAGCGGGAUGAAGGAGUUCUAGCUAAGCGAGAGAAGCUGCUUGAUUCCGUUCUGCCCUCUUUGGAGGAGCAGCAUGGGCAAUUGCAAGUGGAGUGUUCCCAGCUGCAACAGCGACAUGACGAGCUGAACAGUUGUGACCGCGAGGAACUUGAACUCACGCGCGAGCAACUUCAAGCGACUGACUCCGAGCUAGCAUCGAAGCGACGGGUGAUUGCAGAGCUACAAAGUGAACUUGCCAACAAGGAAGCGUUCAUACAGGCCGCGAAAGAACGCAAAGUGGAAUGUGUGCAUCAGAUUAAGGAAGCCGAACGUGUUCGGGAAGAGUACCGCGGCUGGUCUACAACUGAAGUCAAUGGACUCAGAGCCAAAGUGACCACGUUGGAACGCGCCCACGGCUGGAGCAUAACCUCUGCAUCGUCCAAGGCAAUCACCAUGGCACACUUGAACGAUCUAGAGCUGUACUUUCAGCCCUCUGCUUUCGCUACGGGGGCCGAUACACCCAAUGCGUCGAUCUCUUUGACCUACAUUGGGGACACGGCAACCCCACACCCACGGCCUCUUACAACGAGCAAACGUUUCUUCCUACAACUUCUGCGAGGGCAUCUACAUUCGAUACCACAAUCGCAGACUCGAAUCCGUGACGUCCUUGCCUUGGUCAAGAAUGGUUGGUCAACUGCGUUGGCUGUUGCUGAAGGCGCCCGCUGGCUUGAGCACAGCUACAUUACGGAUGAGUUCAUCCUCUCUGAUGAGCGCAUGGGAAUCUCAUCGAAUAUGCUUCUACCAACUCUCCAAACCAAAGUCCGUGUCACCUUCGAGAUAGGGGUUGCUUUAACUCCGCAGGGCAUCGAAACGCAAGUCGAGCCCAAGGCGGAGCUCAUCUACGGCGAGAAGUAUAAAGUCAAGACCAUGUGCGAUUUUCUUAGUAACUUCUGUGGCGACACAGUGAAGGGGGAGAAAGACAUGGAUAUAUGGGCCAACGGCGUGAUAGAUCUUGCGGCAAAGCUGAAGGCCACCGGAAGGAAAGGGGAGCGAGCAUAGGGUCUUCUACGCUGCUUGAUCAACCUGCACAAAUAAUGAUGUAAUGAUGGGCUUUGGGGGAAGGAUUUAUGAUAUAUCAUGACGGUAAUUGCUGUUUUCUUUUUGGGCGGAAUUGGACUACAUCCGUUCUUUCACAAUGAUGCCGCGCCGGUGCUUCAGAUAUGUCCUCCGUCAUGGGAAUGU